ACUUUCACAAACAGACAACGGCAUGAAAGGUGCUGGUGACGUAAAGGAAACAAGUAUUCUAGUGGUGCAGAAGUCUAAUUUUAACUUCUCACUUAGUUACAUAUUGACCACAUUGAGAACUAGACUGAAAGAUUUUCCUGUAAAGCUCACAAGAAUGGAUGUCAUCUUCAAGGAAGGGAAGCUCUAUCUUCAAGGGGUCAAGUUUGGGAAAAGAACGUGGCGUAAGAUAUGGAUGGUGCUUUUUAAGCCCAGCCCCACGGGAGUCGGGCGCGUGGAGCUCUGCGCGGGCCCUACCACCAAUGCUGCCACCGACGGGAGGAAGGUCGGUCGGCAGAAAUCCUCCGAGAGGAAAGUGGUGCGCCUGAGCGACUGCCUCAGCGUCGACCCGACUGCAAACGAGUCGUGCCCUCCCGGGUGCACCGCCUUCUACCUGCACACCAUCCAGUGCACCUACACCCUGGCCUCCCCGGCGAGCCAGGACUGGCUAAGUGCCCUCUGCAGUCUGGCCUUCCAGAAGGAUCCUGGGGAACCACACAAAGGGGCUUUCGAGAGAGGAGAUGGCUUGACCAUGGAGGAAAAUGACCUUUACUCAUCUUGGAAACCAGGUCGGACCCUUCCUCCAAAUCAGUACCAAGUCACCGUCCAGAGCACAGAGGCAUCCAGGAGGUGCAAAUUGGCCGGGGAGUAUCUGGUCUCUCCAGAAGAUGAAGCUGUGAGGCUGCUGGACAUCAAUACCGGUCACAUAUUCUAUCGCUGGCCCUACAACUUCUUACGCAAAUUUGGACUGGUUGAGGGGGGAUUCAGAAUAGAAGCCGGCCGGCGCUGUGAGUCGGGAGAAGGAGUGUUCAUCUUCCUGUCCAGGGAUGGCCCCCAGAUCGUCCAGCUUAUAUCAAAGCAGUGCUCUGUGCAGAGAAGGUGCUCUAUCCCGCCACUCGAUGUCCAUAGAAGGUCCGUAUGUGACCUGUCAACCGUUAUCCUCCCAACGGCAACCUACAAGCCCGCCGCCCCUCUUGUCUACAGUCCUGCAGAUGUUUCUGAUGACACGGAGGACAAGUCCGCCGACCACUACUCUACCAUCAAUGCCCGCCCUGUACUGAACGUAAAGCAGCUGUCUCUCAGCGAAGCGAGUCUCCCUGCGGCGGAAGAAGGCGAAGAGGAGGGUGAGCGUUGUCAAUCCCUGCCAGCUGGGAGCCUGGAUGACGUGACGGAGAAAACAAUUUACUACAACCUAACAAGAACCUGCCACCCUCUGAUCCGAAAGGACGACUUCCAACCCGGGACGGACUCAGAGUGCGUCUAUUCCGACCUGAAACCAGUUUAUUACCCCUCAAAUUCCCAGCCGCGGUCCUUCUCGCCUCGGCCCGUUGCCCAGCCCCCUCCCUUCACCCUUUCCCAGUCGGCCCCCGGCUCCCCAGUCAUGCCCCAAUACCAGCGCCGGUCCCCUGUGAACAGCCACAUCCAGCCAGGGUACAAUGCCCAGGCACAGGCGCUGGAUGACAUGAAGGAGAUGGAGGAGGCCAUCAGCUACUCCACCCAUGUAACCCCCAAAGAGGCCCAUGGCAGUUUUAAACGGAGGCUGGCAGAAAUACUUUCUAAGGACCUGGCAAAGUUCCAACCACCUCUUCCCUCCGGGGCGGGCAGCCCCACUUUUUAUUAGAAGGCCAUUAGUUAAGAGACAGGCCAGAAGGAGCAAUUUUAUCCAUGAUAGACGGCCAUAAAAACUGAAUUAGUUUCUUUAUUUCUUUAAAAUCCCUUCCGCUGGGAACACUUGGCGUCAGAAUUUGGCUCGCAGAUGUUUGUGUGUUUAUCUGUUGCAUGAAAGGCAUCUGGAAAACAUUUUAUUUCCGUGGACCGAUUUGGCAAAAAGAGGAUUCAAGCAAUCUUGGUCUUCACUGCUGAAAUGUUAAAGAGAGCUUUAUGUGUGCUGCGCUAGCUUUGAUGGGACAUUAUCUGAUAAGCUGGUUGAACGCAUGACUGAUGAACUGUUUCAAAAAUGUUUUAGUGAGUUAAAUAACAUCUUGGAAUUAG